AUGAACGCAAAUCAAUCCGUUGUAUCAAACGAAAAUGCUGCCCCUAAUCAUAUUUAGCUCUCAAAUGGGAAGUCAGCAUUUACCCCCUUUAUUUAAAAACCUGUUCCACAAAGGCUUUCACCAAUAAAUCUCUUUGAACCAUCACCAAUUCAAAAAUUCUUGUACUUUACUGCCCUUGCACAGCAACACCAAGAGGCUGCAAGCAAGGUCUUAAAUAAAGUCCUAACUCCUAAUAAACAAGUUACUCCUUCUAAUUUCCUCAGAAUUGGGGCUUUCAACGAUAUGAUGACCCCGAAGAUGUUGAAGUCAGAGAGUUUUCAGCAGUAAUAAUAGCAGUAUCUUGGAAAUGGUCCUCGUGGCUUUAGCUAUGAUGUGAUCAUUCCCCAAAAGUCAAUGCUAAACUCUUCUCCUCUGGAUGAGGGUAUGAACACUGAUGGAUCCGCAGAUCUUGAUAAAGACAUGGAAUCAACUGAUUACAGUAGUCAAGAAAAGCAGGACCAGCUGGAAAAAGCAGGGCAUCGAGAAUCAGAAAAAUCGAAAAAGAGGAGGCCAUUAGAAAUUAAUGGUAUUAUCAUUGAUAACUUCCUAGCUUCUGAUGACUUGAAUGAGUGCGUAGAUUUCCUGUUGAGGAAAGAUAAGGGAGAUUUGACUCUUAAAAACGAACAUCAAAAGGUUAUAAGACACAAUGCUUUCGGAAAAUCUAAAGAUAAGAAGAAGCGUCAAAGAAAAAAUCUGGACCAGCACUCCAUCCUCUCAGAAUACUUCGAUAGGAAUCCUAAUUGGGAUAAAUAAACUAUUCAGAAGCUUUCUGAUAUCCUUGGCUUGAAGGAAAGCCAAAUAUAUAAGUGGAAUUGGGACCAAAGAAAAAAAUUCAACAUGGAAGACUGA